GCUUCUGCAGCUGGUUUUGUUAAUUGCGCUGUUUCUUGAUUUUACAAUAUGUGUUAUUGAACCAGUAGUUUGGUGAUCAUUAAGUUAAUUUCGGUAAUGGGGCUGUUCUGUGAGCUUCAUGUGUUGGUGUGCUGAUAUUGCCAUUCGUGGCAGUAUAGUUUUCUGAAUUCGGUCAUACUGCAGAAUUAGUACCACAGUCCUCUUCUGUGUGGUCUCUGGGCCUGGGGGGCUCCGAACUUGAUUGGAAUUGGACUUCUUGCACUCAUAAUACUUUUUCAAUGUGUUGUACCAAGAAAAGGAGUGUCAAUGGAUACUUGAAUUAUCCAAAAAGUGCUGAGAGAACGUUGACCAGCUGUCGAGUGUGGAUUGCUGGGGAUAGGGGCGUUUGAAAAGAAAGUGAAUGCAUCAAGGUUCUAUCACGCUUACGACAACUACAUGAUCUAUGCCUUUCCGCAUGAUGAGCUAAAGCCUCUUACUAGAACUUUCACCGACUCCCUUAGUGAACUCGGAAAUCUGAAGCUUGAGCACCUUCCACAAGACUACAAUGGCUCAGCACUUACACUCAUCGAAUCACUAUCAAGCCUCAUUAUCUUGGGAAAUCACACAGAAUUUGAAAGAGCAGUUUUUUGGCUCUCCGAGAAUUUAAAUUUUGAUGUUGAUGCAAGAGUAAAUCUUUUUGAGUGCAACAUAAGAGUUCUUGGAGGACUGGUCUCUGCCCAUAUUCUUGCCACUGAUUCUACAAUCAGGUUCGUUCAAGGAUCUUACAUGAACCAGCUCCUCAUACUUGCCAAAGAUCUAGGGCAGCGCUUCCUACCCGCAUUUGAAACCCCAACGAGUUUGCCCUAUGCAUGGAUUAAUCUAAAGCAUGGGGUGAUGGUAAACGAGACAACCGAAACGAGCACUUCAGGAUGCGGUUCGUUGAUUCUUGAAAUGGGUGCAUUAUCUCGAUUAACUGGGGACCCAAGGUUCGAGUCUGCUGCUUUACGAGCCCUUCGCAGGUUAUGGAGCAUGCGCAGCUCCUUGAAUUUACUUGGGACAACACUUGAUGUAGAAACGGGAGAAUGGAUCGAGUACUCAUCUGGGAUUGGCGCGGGAGUCGAUUCGUUCUAUGAGUAUCUGUACAAAGCUCAUAUUCUCUUUGGGAAGGAAGAAUAUUGGAGAAUGUUUCAAUCAGCAUAUCUUGGGGUGCAGAAAUACUUCAGAUACGGUCCGUGGUACCAUGAAGCUGAUAUGAGAACAGGAAAAGCAACCUAUUGGCAGCUCACAAGCCUCCAAGCAUUUUGGCCUGGCCUUCAGGUUCUUGUCGGGGACAUAACUGCUGCAAACUCAUCCCACCGCGAGUUUGUUCAUGUCUGGAAGAAAUAUGGAGUAUUGCCGGAGAGGUAUUUGCUUGACCAUCAAAUUGUACACCCGACAGAGAAAUAUUAUCCCCUCCGCCCCGAGUUGGCCGAGUCCACAUUCUACUUAUACCAAGCUACCAAAGAUCCAUGGUACAUAGAAGUGGGCGAAUCGAUUGUUAAGUCCCUCAAUUUGUACACCAGAGUCAAUGGAGGAUUUGCGAGUGUAAGAGACGUAACGAGCAUGCAAUUAGAAGACCAUCAACACAGUUUUUUUCUCGCCGAGACGUGCAAGUACUUGUAUCUUCUCUUUGAUGACACAUUUUGGGCCAGUCGCAAUUAUGUUUUCACGACUGAAGGACACCCUCUUCCUGUGUUGAGGGACUGGCACGACAGGCUUCCAGAGGCAUAUAUUCCCAGUAAUUGGACAUAUGUUAAGGAUGAUAUGCAAACGAGACGAGCAAGCUCGAUGUCUCUGCAGCUUUGCCCAGCAACUAUGUUAGAUUCCUGGAGGCCAGCCCCACCGAUUGAGAGUGCCUGCCACAUCCCCGACUCUCGGAGUGACCACAGGUGUUUGACAGACGAGGACUGCGGGGUUGACUCGACUUCUUGCAGGCGGAGAUCGUGCAGCGUGUCUGGCUAUUGUGGGCUGUGGCAAUUCUCAUGAUCAAACUCGCAAGCACUGAACUUGUUCAUUUUUCCUCCUCCCCCCCCCCCCCCCAAAAAAAAAAAAAAGCAAUAAGAAAUGGGUUAGAAGAUAUAUAUCCAUUCAGAUACGAGGUAUGUAGUCUACCGAUGACCCUAUGCUAUUCCUUUUAAAUUUAUAGCACAGAUGUAAAUUUUUGCGGACAAGGUUCUGCUUUCAUAUACACAUUCUAGAUGAAUGAGUUAAAAGCCGAGCGACAGUUUACAUCCCA